CCGUUAUGAGAGUUAUUUUUACGGCUCGUGAAGAUAUGGUUCCAUAUGUUGCAGAUAUUAUGGAUCACCUAAAUAAAAUAUUAGGUGAAAUCAGCAAAAAUCCGAGUAAUCCACGUUUCAAUCAUUACGUUUUUGAAUCAAUUGGUGCAUUAGUGAAGUUUAUUUGUUCCAACAAUCCAGCUGCAUUACAAGAUUUCGAAAGUAUAUUACUUAGACCAUUUCAGGCUAUCUUACAGCAGGAUGUUGUUGAAUUUGUUCCAUAUGUGUUUCAAAUAUUUUCACAGCUCCUUGAAUUUCACCAAGAAACGCAGUUGCCAGAUAUAUAUAAAAGCCUUCUACCAGCUCUAUUAUUACCUAAUCUUUGGGAGUCUUCUGGCAAUGUACCUGCCCUGGUCAGGAUGCUUCAUGCAUAUAUAUACCGCGAUUCCAGUGGCAUCAUUGCGAAUAAACAAUUAGAACCAAUUCUAGGUAUCUUUCAGAAAUUAAUUGCAUCGAAAGUCAACGACAAAUAUGGACUUGAAUUAUUAUGCACUAUUGUUCAAUACGUGCCAAC